AACGACCCAUUUCCUUUUUGAUCGCCCCCCAUUUUUUUUCUGGGUCCGCCGCUCUCCCCCAAUCGACCUGCUCGCAGGCACCAGUGCUGUCGUUUGGCUCGGCUUGGAUCUGCCCGCUCUGCGCUUCGCCUCGGAUCUGCACUUUGACCCGUCGCCAUGAGCCAGGCCGCCGCGGACCCGCCCAAGAAGCUGACGCCGCUUCAGAAUGCCCUGAGCGGUGCAGUCGCCGGCGUCGUCUCUCGUAUCGUCAUCGCUCCCUUGGAUGUUGUCAAGAUAAGAUUCCAGCUCCAAGUUGCGCCAAACAUCCUCUCGCUUUCCAAGACCAAACGCCCAGAGUCAAAAUACACCGGCAUCGUACAAACCUUCCGCCGGAUCGUUCGCGAGGAAGGCCUUCAGGGACUCUGGAAGGGCAAUCUGUCUGCCGAACUCCUGUACUUGACCUACGGCGCAACCCAGUUCUAUACCUACUAUGCUGCCCAAGCCUGGGUAACAGAAUGGGACACCGACAACUCUGUGCCCAUCAGCACCCGCACCUUCCUCUGUGGCUCCCUUGCUGGAACCUCGGCAACGCUCAUAACGUACCCGCUCGAUCUGCUGCGGACACGAUUUGCUGCCCAGGGCGAACAGCGGAUAUACAACUCCUAUGCCGAUGCCGUCGCAAAGAUCUACCGCAAUGAAGGCUUCCUGGGAUUCUAUCGCGGCGUCUUUCCCACAGUCGUUCAAAUCAUACCGUCCAUGGGCAUCAUAUUCGAGAGCCAGCGGUUCUUCAAGGCCAUGUUCGAGCGCAUGAGAAGCUCUCGCUCUGAUCUGCCGCUCAACCAAGCCAUCCACGGUGUCGAGGAUUUUGUUAGCGGCGGUCUUUCCGGCAUCCUUACCAAGACACUGAUGCUGCCCUUUGAUGUCGUCCGCAAGCGGCUGCAGGUCCAAGGGCCUGAUCGAAACUCGUACAUCACCCCAAACGUCCCGCGGUACCCGCGAAGUUUCAUUGCAGUCAUGCGGCAGAUCGUCAAGCACGAAGGCUUCUUUGCGCUCUACAAGGGCUUGUUCCCGGCACUGCUCAAGACCGGGCCCUCUGCCGCCGUGACUUUCUUGGUCGUUGGCCAGUGCCGCCACUGGCUGGCCAAGAUUUCAUGACCGCGAGAACGUCGCCAGGUCGCCCUAGAGCGCAACAGCAAAAUGGGCUGCUAUAUUCCACAGGCAAAGGUGGAGGCCACUGCAUUUGCCCCCCGCACACGGUCGCUCAUUACUUCUCGCACACGGCCACUCGUACUUGCCGUCUGUUUUCGUCGUUGUCUGUAUCCCUCCGUUCUUGAUCUAGCGGCUGGCCGACUUGUCUGGGCUUUGAUCACCAAACUGUCGCCUGCUUCCUUCCCUCACAUUGACCUCCAACCUACACGCCAUCACUGCUGCCUCGCCUGAGCAGCAUCUCAUCAUCACGCUGCUGUCUGUAACGGCACCUCUAAUCAAUGGUUCUGCACGCAACAUC